GACAAAAACAACAUCAUUUGUCCUUUUCUCAUUGAGGAAUCAAGUUUAUCAGAGAGUGGAAUCAGCACCAUUAAGCCACACCAUGUUAUUACCAAUUCGUCACACCCACCAUCCAACGCACUUCCACUUUCCCCCUCCAUUUUCCAGCCACCACUCACCAUGCUCACUUUCCCUUUUCUCUCCAUUUCCUGCGUUUCUCCUCUUCUCACCCACCACCGUAUCCCAAUGUUGGGUGCUUUUCAGAACCUCGAAUUUCAGCCAAAGUUUCAAUCUGUAGCCUCUGGAGACUGCAGAGGAAGUGGUUUCGCAUCUGGGUCUUGCUGCAAUGCUCCGAGGCGAUGCAAUAUGAGACAGAAACCUCGUAGAAGAAAAGGGGUGUUGGUUGUUAGUUCAAAGUCGACGCUGAGUGUGGAGGAGCAAGUGGCGGAGAGAGUGAACGGUGGUGGAGGGUUUGAUGCAAUUGUUAUAGGGUCUGGGAUUGGAGGGUUGGUUGCAGGGACUCAGCUUGCAGUGAAGGGUGCUAGAGUUUUGGUUUUGGAGAAGUAUGUGAUUCCUGGUGGAAGCUCUGGGUUUUACCAGAGGGAUGGGUAUACUUUUGAUGUGGGUUCUUCUGUCAUGUUUGGUUUCAGUGAUAAGGGUAAUCUCAAUUUGAUAACACAAGCUCUGGAAGCAGUUGGUUGUAAGAUGCAGGUGGUACCGGAUCCAACAACUGUUCAUUUCCAUCUACCAAACAACCUCUCUGUUCGAGUGCACAGAGAAUAUGACAAAUUCAUCGAAGAGUUGACCUGUUAUUUUCCCCAUGAAAAGGAGGGUAUCCUCAAAUUCUAUGGUGAAUGCUGGAAGAUUUUCAAUGCCCUGAAUUCGUUGGAAUUGAAGUCACUAGAGGAACCGCUCUACCUUUUUGGACAGUUUUUUCAGAAGCCGCUUGAAUGCUUGACACUAGCCUAUUAUUUGCCUCAAAAUGCUGGUGCCAUAGCUCGGAAGUACAUUCAGGAUCCACAGUUGUUGUCUUUCAUAGAUGCAGAGUGUUUUAUAGUGAGCACCGUCAAUGCUUUGCAGACUCCAAUGAUCAAUGCUGCCAUGGUUCUAUGUGACAGACACUUUGGUGGGAUUAACUACCCUCUUGGAGGUGUUGGUGGAAUUGCAAAGUCCUUGGCAAAAGGCUUAGCUGAUCAGGGUAGUGAGAUUCUUUACAAGGCAAAUGUCACUAGUGUUAUAAUUGAGCAGGGCAAAGCUGUAGGAGUGAGGCUUUCAGAUGGCAGGGAAUUCUUUGCUAAAACCAUAAUAUCAAAUGCUACUAGAUGGGAUACAUUUGGGAAGUUACUAAAGGGAGAGACACUUCCGAAGGAGGAAGAGAACUUCCAGAAAGUUUAUGUUAAAGCUCCAUCUUUUCUUUCAAUUCACAUGGGGGUUAAAUCAGAGGUUUUGCCACCAGAUACAGAUUGUCACCAUUUUAUGCUUGAGAAUAACUGGUCCAAAUUGGAGGAGCCAUAUGGAAGUAUCUUUUUAAGUAUACCAACUAUUCUUGAUUCAUCGUUGGCUCCUGAAGGUCAUCAUAUCCUUCACAUAUUCACAACUUCUUCAAUGGACGACUGGAAGGGUCUCUCAGUUGAAGAAUAUGAGGCAAAAAAGCAGCUAGUAGCUGAUGAAAUCAUCAGCAGAUUAGAGAAGAAAUUGUUUCCAGGUCUUAGAUCAUCCAUCGAUUUUAUUGAGAUAGGGACACCAAAGACACACCGGCGAUUCCUUGCUCGUAAUGAGGGAACUUAUGGACCAAUGCCACGUGGAAUUCCAAAGGGGUUGUUGGGAAUGCCGUUUAAUACCACAGCGAUAGAUGGUCUUUACUGUGUUGGAGACAGCUGUUUCCCUGGACAAGGUGUUAUUGCUGUAGCUUUCUCAGGAGUUAUGUGUGCUCAUCGUGUAGCUGCAGAUAUUGGGUUGGAGAAAAAGUCACCUGUUUUGGAUACCGCACUGCUUGGGUUGCUUGGUUGGUUAAGAACACUGGCAUGAGAUUUAAUAUAGGAACAAAUGCAGUAUCCAUCAUCCUUCUUUCUUUGCUUAACAAGCUCAACUUUCAGCAAGGAAUUGGUCUGCUGCAGAUUUCUUCCACCAUUUUCAAGAGUUGGCAACCUGUCACAGAAGGUAGGUGAAUUGCUAAUGUCUGUUGUAAUUUGAUUCAUGGACACCAUCCAUUGUGUAUGUACUAUGUAGAAUCCUGUAAAACUUGGUAUCAAUUUUUGUAUAUUUCUAUAUUUUUUGUAGGGUAGGGAGGGAGAGGCUGUGAUGUGUGAAAUGUAAAUGAUAGCUGUAUAAACAUUUUUCUGUUAUCGAUACAAGAAGAACUAUAUAUCAAGAUCUUUAUUGAA